CCAAAAAUUCAGCUCAUAUUGAACAAUCUUAUCUUGAUUUAUCUUUUUGUUUACCUAAUAUUUCAUAUAAUAACGUUCAUAAUAAGAUCAAUCAUCGAAAAGCAUAUGUAACAGUUAAUGGAUUAUCCAAAAAAGCAAUUCAAACUGGAUUAGACACUGGAGAUGAUGAAGUUGCAUCAAGUAAUAGUUCUAGUGAUGAAGGUUCUAUAGCAAUUGAAAAUCCGAUAGUUUACUCAAGAAAAGUGUCAAACACUAGACAUAAUAAGGCUGGUUGUGAAGUAUGGCAUAAACAGCAGG